UGGCCCGCUGAAAUGGCGCCUGCGCAGUCGCGCCGCUGUACACGGCAGUGCGGCGAGGUGGGUCGAAGCUUCCGGAUAUGUAAGCAGAUCCUUUUCGCAUCUGAUCACGAUAGCGAAUUUCCGCGGGCCCGAGCGGUAGGCACUCCUAUGUCUGCACAACGUCGACUGCUGCGACAACGACAACGUGAAGACAGUGCCGAAAGUUACGGCGAUUGCAGUGUGCUGCCUCCGUUGUGUCCAGUUCUCCUAGUGGGCACGUGGCAUGCGUUUGAACGUCAGCAUGAAUGUCAGCACUUCCGUGACAAAGAAGAAAAAGAAGCGGUCUUCUAGUUUCCCGGUUGUCGCACUAAAAUGGUAGCGGAACUCAGUGAGCUCUACCAUGCAUCGUUGCGGGCCAUUUCUCCGGACAAACCCUUGCCAGACGAAAGCGGCUACUGGGACGAGCCUCCGACACCCCGCAUCCCGUUUCCCUACCGCAUUGUGUACACGGAAAAAACGCGGCCACUACGCCCGUCGGACUUCCCCGUCAAGAGCUCAGCCAAUUCUGCUCGACGCGAGACGGGCAGCUCAUCAGAAGGCACCUCGACAGACACGGACGACGAUUCAAGCGUCGUAACGGCGCCUCUCCUCAGCGCGUACGCUUGGAUCACCGUGCUCUGCGUCGCUUCGGCCACCUGCCUGCUUUCGCUGGUGCUCGUCAUGGUCGUAAGCAAUCGCGCGAUGAGGCCACCUACACCGACUCCCGAGGAGCAGGCCGUGUUCAUCGAUCCUGUGGAGUUUGUGGCUAGGAACGGACCGGACCAGCCCACAGAUGACGGUGGUGGCACCGUUUCCGAUGCAACUGCGCAGGCACAACCGGAAACGGAAGUGGCACAACAUGCCGCAGACUACCGCACCGUUAGCCCGCAAGAGCGCCGGCACCGCUAACUUGCGCUAUUUAAAAAUUUUCACUUACCUCUAUUCGAGCAUCUUGACUAAUAAAUGCUUACCUCACGCAUA